AUGGACACGCCGCAGCCAGGGGGUUGAGCGGAGCGCGGAGAUGGAGACGGCAGGAGCCUGCGUGCGUCGCUCCCAGCCCCCUGCAGCUCCGGCAGAAACUUCCCGGGGCAGCCCGCUCCUUCCUCUUGCCCAGCCUUGCUGCUGCCCGGCGCUGAGCCCUGGCCGGCCGCGCUGCUGGCGGGGAAGGCGGGAGGAGUAGGAAGCGCCGAGGGGGCAGCCGCCAGCCAAGACACUGUGGUCCAUCCGUGCUGGGCAAAGAGAGAAAGGACAGGGGAAGAGGUUAAAUAUCCCGCCAACCGCUUCGGCCAGAGGGAGCAGACAGUGAGUAUCAUGCACCACGAAGCAGCUCUCAUGUGAUGCAGGAGGAGAGCUGUGAUGAUAUGGAAUGUGGUCAGCUGCCUUCAGACGCUCUCCGACAGGUGAAAAUCCAGCGUGACCCCCUCUACGGCUUUGGUUUUGUGGCCGGCAGCGAGAGGCCAGUGGUGGUGCGCUCAGUAACAGCAGGAGGCCCCUCUGAGGAUAAACUCUUGGCAGGAGACCAGAUUGUGGCCAUAAAUGAUGAGGAUGUGAGUGAAGCCCCCAGAGAGAGAUUCAUUGAUCUGGUCAGGAGUUCCAAGGACUUCAUCAUCCUCACUGUGCUGCAGACUCACCAGUCCCCAAAAUCUGCUUUCAUCAGUGCAGCCAAGAAGGCAAAACUGAGGUCCAAUCCAGUGAAGGUCCGAUUUUCAGAACAGGUCACGGUUGGUGAGACAGAUCCAGAGAUGUUGAAGAAGGAAGCUCUCCUCCUCAUCCCCAAUGUAUUGAAGGUUUUCCUGGAGAACGGGCAGAUCAAGUCAUUCACAUUUGAUGGCCGAACAACCGUCAAGGACGUGAUGGUGACGCUACAGGACCGCCUCUCCCUGAGAUACAUUGAACAUUUUGCCCUGGUCCUAGAGUAUUCCAGCCCAGAGCAGAGCCACAAGUUCCUCCUCCUCCAGGAGAAGCAGCCCCUGGCCCACGUGGUGCAGAGGACACAUUAUCAGGGGAUGCGAUGCCUCUUUCGUGUGAGCUUCUUCCCCAAAGACCCGGUGGAGCUGCUGCAUCGAGAUCCAGCAGCGUUUGAGUACCUGUACAUCCAGAGCCGCAAUGACGUGAUCAGGGAGCGCUUUGGGACGGACCCCAAGCCAGAGACGCUACUGGGUUUGGCUGCCCUCCAUAUCUACAUCACCGUCUCCGCCACCCGGCCAGCCCAGAAGGUGUCCCUCAAAACUGUGGAGAAGGAGUGGGGGCUGGAGCCAUUUCUGCCUCCUUCACUUCUGCAGCUCAUCAAAGAGAAGAGCCUUCGGAAAUCUCUCUCUCAGCAGCUGAAGGCCCAUCAGAACCAGCCGCCCAGUGGCACCAAGGUUUCAACAACCCAGGCAAAGCUCCAGUAUCUGCGGAUCUUGAAUGAGCUUCCGACCUUUGCAGGAGUCCUCUUCAACACAGUGGGACUGGACGAGAAGCAGCCGGCCACCAUGCUCCUGGUGGGCCCCCGCCACGGUAUCAGUCAUGUCAUCGACCUGAAGACCAACCUCACCACAGUGUUGUCAGAGUUCAGCAAGGUCAGCAAGAUCCAGCUGUUCAGGGAAAACCAGGGUGUGGCACGAGUGGAGACCAGCAUCCUGGAUGCCAAGCCGCUGGUGCUGCUGAUGGAGUGGCCCGAAGCCACCAAUUUUGCCUGCCUGAUAGCAGGCUACUGCCGCCUCCUGGUGGACACCAAGAAGAUGAUCUUUUCUAGGCCGUCCAGCCAGCCGCCUCCUCCUCCUCAGAUUUCCAAGGCAGAUUACAUCAACGCGCACAACACCCACCGGCCGGCUGCAGUGGGGCACUCGGGAAAGAAAGAGAGCGGGUUCGUGGGUGGCGCUGCCUCCAGCCCCAGGGAAUCCAGCCCUCGAGUUCCCAAGGGGUCGGACUCGGAGCUCAUCAGCUUUUGUUACCUGCACAUGCAGGAGCAGAGGAAGCGGCGAGAAAACAGGACAGACAUCAAUGAAAACCUGAUCUUCUUUGAGGAAACCAGGCCCAGAACCAAAUCCGACCCCACUUCCAAAAGCUCCGGCCAAGGCUAUGACGGUGUUGCCAAAGAGUACAACCCGGAUGGCCUUGACCGGGACCACCAGGCAAGUAGGGCAAGGGCCAACACCAUGGACAACCACAUGAGGAACGACGCCACGCACUUCUACUGUAACUCCUGCAAAGCCAAACUCAAGAGCCGGCUAGCCACUCGAAAAGGUGGCAAGCCUGGCAGCUCCCAUGACAACAUAGUGGACUUGAUGUCCCUCCCGCCUCCGGGGAGCGAUGAGGAAGAGGACGAGACCACUGCCCUGCUCCCCGCUAUUGCUGCCCCGCCUCCAGGUUUUCGAGAUAAUAGCUCUGAUGAGGAUGACCCCAAGCGCAGGGCGGCCGCACAGAGCCAGGAGCAGGGCCGUCACCUCUGCAGCAUCCUGUACGAUGAGAUCCCCGUGACACUGAUAGACAGCGUGCAAACGAGGACGGUCCGAGACCACGCCCAGGAGCUGGACGAUGCCCUGGUGUCCACCCUGCAGGCUCUGGAAGCCCUGGCUGCUUCGGAGGAUUGUCCGCACCCCCAGCCACAACAGACAGCAGGUCUGAUUGUUGUGGCUGCCAUCACGCCCGAGUCCUCCUUGGACUCCGGCCACGAAACCAACUCCUCAGAGCUAACCGAUGUCUCAGAGAUGGUCUCGGCCAUGAAGCAGCACCAGAACGCAGCCUACUUCCUGGCCCAGCACAUCAACAAAGAAAAGCUGCUCGCCAGGAAGGACCUUCCCUUCCGAAUCCAGAGCUGUGCUGCCCAAGCCGUCCUCACCUCGCCAUACCUUCUGGGGCGCCAGGAGCCAGGCCCUUCGCUGAAGCCAGCUUUCUCUAACCAGCCCCCCAGCCUCGCUUGCGGCAAAACUAAGCAGGAGCAGCAGCACGGAGAGCAGGGUUACACCUUGGCUGUCCAGCCAAUGCGCUCACCGCAGCUGAAUGAGCAGAAGAACAGAGCCGUGACAAUGCCAGGCUCUGAAUGCAAAGGUCCCAGCCACUCAAAAGCAGCUUUUGAGAUGUCACUGCACACUGCGGCUGCCUCCAGCAGGGACCAGGUGCAGGAUCUACGGGAGAAGAUGCCCAAAGAGGUCCGACUGAGCCCUAAACUAACCCUGGAUCCUAAGGGUGGAGUGACCAUUUCAGCUGCUCCGCAGCAAGUGGUGAGCAGCAAAGGCUCCCCUGCCCAAGUGGCAGCCGUGGUGGCUAGUCCUCAAGCAGACAAGCAGGCCAUUGGGAGCAGCAGCUGUGUGCCUUCCAGUAGCAAGCAUUUAAAAUUUAAAGGGAGUCAGCAAGCUGUGGAGACCUUGUGUGACUGCCAACCACAGCCGCAAGGCGAAGCCUCUCUGAGCCCGAAAGAGCCUCAUGGCAGUAGGGGCGACGCUUUCCAUCCCUCCCCUGUGGAUGGCGAAAGACUGCAGCCCAAGACUCUUCUUUUGAAGAGCUAUCCGCAGAAAGUGAGCGGAGACCCUGGAGGGAAGCCGGCAAGUGGGGAGCCAGGUCAAAAAGCAAAAGGCGACGCUGCUAACCCUGCCUACCAGAAACACAUUAGUCCUGCGAGCCAAGGGGAGGAAAUGCAGCAUGAAAGUUGUGCCAAAAGCUUAAAAACAGAGGGUAGCAGUCUGCACUCUCUGUCCACCAGUGGUACUUCCAGGAGCACCAGUGAGGAUCCCAAAGGGCAGAUCCAGCUGGUGUCCAGAUCUGAGGGCUUGCAAAUUAGUACCGUGCCUUCCAAGAAAGCAGAAAAGGUCCUGGAGGUGACCCAUCAGGACUCUGACGUUCCAGCUAAACCCAAAGCCCCAAAAGCCCAUUUCAGGUUGAGGAAGCUGUUUUCUGCUACCUUCCCGACGCGGCUGAAGAAGGAGACAGAUGAGCGGCAGGCCCAGCUGCAGAAGGUCAAACAGUACGAGCUGGAAUUCCUGGAAGAGCUGCUCAAGCCAAAGACCAAAGGUGACCUCCCGCCACCGGAAUACCUGCACCCUUCUGUGCCUGGGCGCUGCAGCUGUCAGCUGAAGAGCAGCCCUGUGCAAAAAGUCCCGGGGAUGUCCAGGGAGCAGAGGCGCAGCUGUGACUGCAAGCGGAUCAGUAGAGGGGUGAGACCGCACCCCAACCAGAUAGCAGCACCGGAGCUGGAAAGGCGAGGGAGGGAGAAGGCCCCUGACAACCAGAAGCAGGCGGAAGCAGGUAGACUUACAAGCAUGAGCAGCCCUUCUAAGAGCAGGCGAAUACGAUCCACAAGCUUAGAGUCCAGAGACUACCGGUCAGAUCCAGAGAAUGGCAUGUCUUGUUUGACAACAUGCACCUCCCAUGGAGAGUGCAUGGGGGCACCACACUACAAGAAGCUGAUGCGCCGGUACAGUGUCAGUGAAAUAGACCAGACUGACCGAACGUCUCUGUCCUCUGACAUCUACCAGGACACCUAUCCAGCCAAGCAGACAGGCCUGCAGAGUGAGGGUGACCCUGGGGCCCAUAGCUCUGCGCCUAAGAGCAAGAUCCAGGAAUCCCCAAGAACAGGUGACCCAUCUUACGUUCAAAUAGCACAGGAGAAGAAGAGCCAGAAGGGCCCAAUGGCUUUCUCCAUCCAGGAGGAGAUGUACCCUAGUCACGCUGAGCUGCCGGAAGAAGACAUGGAGGACAAGAAGUGCUGCUCCAUCCGGUAUUGCUUCUACUAUAGGAAGUGCGACGUGGCAGAUGACGGGAGUGAGAAAGAUGAGCUCUCUUAUUCCAUCCCCAUGCAGAUCCUGCCAGGCAUGAAGCUAGACAAUCAGAUGGUCCCAGUAAUGAGCAGGACCCUUCAGGUCCUAGAUGCCACUGCCUGCAGCAGCCCUGAGGACAGCCAGACCCAAGAGAUAGACUUAAGAACCUCCACUUUUGAGGGGAGCCUGGCUAAGGUCCAUGCCCUUCGAGGCCAUGCCUAUGCAUUGCCAGACGGGUUUCUGGCAGUGCAGCUGGACACUAACGAGCUCCUGACCAUCCUAAGGCAGUGCGUGGUGAGCCCCGAAAUUCGGGACUGCAAACCCUACAUCUUUCACCUGGCCGAAUACAAGCAAGAGCUUGCCCUGAAGUUCAAAGAAUUCAGGGCAUCCUGCCGCAGGGUGGCAGCUGUGGACAAGAGCCCGACGCACAUGCUCUCAGCAAUCGCAAGCAGCUUCCAGGUGCUGAGCAGCCUCAUCGAGACAUUUGUGAAGCUAGUGUACAUCGUGCGUUCUGAGUCCCAGCGCCAGGAGCUGCUGACCAAGGUGGAGGAGGUGGUGCGGAAUUACACCUUCUUGCUGAGGGCGGCAGAGGAGUCGACAGCCAGAACGCUGAGUCACCACCAGACGGCGGAGCAGCAGUCCCGCCAGUCAGCCACGGUUGCAACUGUUAUGAGCACAUUCACCCGCUCCUUGAAGACGCUGAUCAAUAACUUCAACCAGCCUUUGGCCAUUGUCAUCAGCAAAGAAUGGAGGAUCUCACUGUAUGGACAGAGCACCUCUUGCCUCCGGCUUUCAAGAACCAUGUAGCAAAAUAUGCAGUGGAAUAGCCAAAGCAGAGUUCAGUCCAUGGCAGGCGAUGCCUAUUACAGUCCUGAAGGCCAACAGGGAGCUGUUCCCAUCCAUUAUCUACUAAGAAACGGAGAGUUUCUUUGAGCUCCCCAUCAUGCCUAUAUCAUUCCUCCAUAAAUCUCUCAGCCUAAUAGA